CAAACAGUGACCCUCCAGGUUCGAGUCCAUGUUGCGCUCUGCACACGCGUGGGUCACGCUCUGCACCUGACAGCGCGAGCGCUUCUUCUUCUUCUGCUGCUGCUGCUGCUGCUGCAGAGACUUCUGAGUUUGAACAGGAGGAGAAAAACUUAUAGCACAAGAAGAAGUUGCUGCGGACUCUCCUUCGCACACGGACUUGUGUUUGUACACCGAAUUAUUAUAUAUACUUGUUUUUUUACGGCUUUAAAGCUGCAUCACCGAGGCGAAACGGCUUCCUCAGUCGAUUACCUGUCUUUCCUUUGCUAUCCGAUGGAUAUUCACUGCAAAGCAGACCCCUUCUCGGCGAUGCACCUGUCCCACGCAGGGCACGGCGGUGUGAACCAGCUCGGUGGGGUGUUUGUGAACGGCAGACCCCUCCCGGACGUGGUGAGGCAGCGGAUCGUGGAGCUGGCCCACCAGGGCGUCCGGCCAUGCGACAUCUCCAGACAGCUACGGGUCAGUCACGGCUGUGUCAGCAAAAUCCUCGGCAGGUACUAUGAAACCGGCAGUAUUAAACCAGGAGUAAUUGGUGGCUCCAAACCAAAGGUUGCAACUCCGAAAGUGGUGGAUAAAAUCGCAGACUAUAAGCGCCAGAAUCCAACCAUGUUCGCCUGGGAGAUAAGAGACCGACUACUGGCUGAGGGCGUCUGCGACAACGACACGGUGCCCAGCGUUUCAUCCAUCAACAGGAUUAUCCGCACCAAAGUCCAGCAGCAAUUCCACCCGUCCCCUGAUGGAUCUGUCACGCCGCUCUCCACGCCGGGCCACACCAUAGUGCCCAGCACGGCCUCGCCCCCCGUGUCCAGCGCCUCCAACGAUCCCGUAGGAUCCUACUCCAUCAACGGCAUUCUGGGUAUCCCCCGCUCCAACGGCGAGAAGAGGAAACGAGACGAAGUUCUCUGGACUGGCAGCCACAUGGAUGGAAGGAAAAUAGGACAUUAUGGCUCUGAUGGUUCAGGCCCAGGCAGCGACUCUCAGGGCAGCGUGGAGAGUUUAAGGAAGCACCUGCGAGCGGACGCCUUCACCCAGCAGCAGCUGGAGGCCCUGGACCGCGUGUUCGAACGUCCUUCUUACCCGGAUGUCUUCCCCACUUCAGAACACGUCAAACCUGAGCAGGUUCGCCACACACUUGUCCAGAAACCCUCACAGGCGAAUGAGUACUCCCUCCCGCCCCACCCCGGCCUGGACGACGUGAAGCCGAGCCUUUCCAGCAGCGCCAGCUCCGACCUCGCCUCCAGCGUCUCCCAGAGCUACUCUGUUGUGACAGGUCGAGACAUGGCCAGUACCACCUUACCUGGCUACCCGCCUCACGUCCCCCCCACAGGACAGGGCAGCUACCCCACCUCCACACUCGCUGGAAUGGUUCCUGGAGGGGACUUUUCUGGAAACCCUUACUCUCAUCCACAAUACACCACUUACAACGAAGCAUGGCGGUUCAGCAAUCCAGCAUUACUAAUGCCGCGUCCCGUGGCUCCGCACCUCCCACUGCUGCCACUGCCUAUGACCGCCAUUAGUUACCAUGGAGACCAGUUCAAACUGCAGGGCCAUGGCUUCGGCCUCCAUAUUGUCCCCGUCUGAGAAACACUGAGGUCAAAGGGAAGCGAGGUGGAACCCUAAAGGAAAACCCGGUGAUGUUACGCGAUGCGGAGGAAGGAUCGGCGAGGUCGACGGCCGGCGCAUCCAGCCCCAGCUUCAGCGUCACACACACCUUGGGUCAAAAGGGCCCGCGGGGCGUUCAGAACUCACUCCAUCAUGCCCUCACUUCUCUCACAGGCCCGAACAUUUCCAGAAUGACUUUAAGAGAUUAUAUAAAUAUAUAUAUUAUAAAAUAUAAAUUGAAGAAAAACAGUGUGAAGAAUACCAUGUGGAAAAAAAUGUUGUGGGUUUUUAUUUUUGUUCCUUUGUUGCUGUUGUUGUUGUUGUUAUUUUAUUCAUGGAUCCUCACAUUCCUUUUAUGUGAUGAACUGCAGUAUUUUUCUGCUCUAAAGAGAGAAGUCCAGGGGAGACGACAAUGGUCCCAUAGCUUGAUGAUGCAGCGACUUGAACCAGUGUUGCGAGGCCCCCUUUGACACUCAAUGAGAUCCUGGCUCCACACUGUAGGGAGGGCUUUACUCCGGUGCUUUGACUACGUCUUCUGCUCCCAUUUCUCCUGUUCCCUCCUACAUUAUCGGAUAAACACACAGCAUGUCCUACAACGUUUACUGACCCUAUAUAGACCAAUGGCAACAUCACACUCCCUGUGGCAAACAAUCAGAUGUAAAAAUGUAAAAUCAUUUUGCAAAAGUAUUAAAAAAAACACGGUGACCACAAAACGGCCUCGCCGGAAUUUUUAAAUACUUUAAAUUAUUUUUUUCUGUCACUAUUUUUCAAUGUAAAAAAAAAAAAAAAAGGCUAUCAAAGAUUCCUUCAGAGUAGUUGUCAUGUUUCCCUCAUUUUCCAGUCAUGACCAUGUCCAUGCAUGAUUUGCUCUUUUUUUGCACUAUAACCUCAGCUUAUUUAAUUUAUUUGGUACAUUCACUUAAAGUUUAAUUAACCUACCGAUUUUAAACAUAAGUUGAUGCUAUUUAUGUUGGAUAGUGUAGGUGUAAAAACACAAAGCAGACGGACAGACAUGUUCUUUUUCCUGAAUAAAAGCGAUGCUUUCAAGUUUCCGAGGAGUUUGUAAGCCAUAGCCUUACAUGGCUACACGAAACAAAUUCAAUUCUCCUGGUUUAUAAUCCAUUCAGCUACUUAGUCAUACCACUAGAUGCCUACACAGUUUAGAGAGCUGUACGCAGUUGAGCGAACCAACUGUAAAUUAGCUUCAACAAUUGCCUUACAAACCUGUUUUUCCAGCGUCAACUCAUGCUUGUUCCACAAAAUUACUUGCCUUUCCAAACACACAUUCACCGCCCUCCUUGAUUUACGUUCUACUCUCCAUAUAGGGACUGAAAGGAAAUACUGAUUCAGUUUGCUUUUUGGAAAAUAUUUUGUGAAUGUACUUUUAACUACAUUUGCCAAAGACUUAGUUUGAUAUUUAAUAUUUUAUUUACAGUAUAUGUAUGCAUAAAUAAAGCAGUAUUAUCUUUUAAAUGAGUAGUCGACACUGAACAUGUAUGUCGUGACUUUUCAAUAUGGCGAUCAACGCGACGCAUAUGACUGUAAUGAAAAAUUCAGUGACUCAAUACUCCAUCGGUUGCAACAAAAUGCUGCUUUGUAGAAUGAUUUGUGAAUAAUGUGAAGACAAUUCUUCUCUGUAAAUAAUAUCACACACUCACCAUCGCAGUAUCAUACUAAUGUACUGGCUCCCUUUGUAGAUAAACAUUACAUUUGUGUCUUAAUGUAAUGUUGUGCUCUGAGGAAGAGGCGCAACGACUGUAUAACCUGUCGCUACAUGUACUGUAGCAGCGGGUUUCAGAUGCUAACAUCACAUAGGUUGUCUCUGUCAUUUUAUUUUUGUUUUCAUGAUAAUGUCAUGAUGAUGUUUUAUGUCACUAUGCAAUGAGUUAAAUGGCUUUCUGUAUCAUCUUUUGUUGUUGGGCUCAGAUUAAGUAAUCCCCGUGGAGAACAGCAUAAAAAGUUAACAAGUACAAAAGA